AUGGAAGAUCCAAUAAAUUUGCAAUUAGCCUUUGAAAUUUCUUCUAUAUAUUCCUCAUUCCUCAAAGAUUAUUAUAAAUCUAAAGCUGAUCACGAUAUCUAUAAUCAAAAAUUAGAAGAAUUUCGCUCAUUUUCUCCAUCUAAAACACUUCAAGAAAUUUCCAAACACCUUUCCACUUAUAUAAAACUCAAAAAUAUAAAUCCAUCAAUCCUCAAUGAAAUAACUACCUAUGAAGCCACUAUUUCUCAACUUAAAGAAAGCAUAAAUUUUCAUACAGACCUCGAAAACCAGCUUAAACAAGGACUUGAAAUUACAGAAUCAAAGCUAAAAACGCUUGAAAAAUCUCAUCUAAGAUAUGAAAAAGAAACAAAAGAAACCAUAGAAAGCCUAAAAGCUGAUAAUUUUACACUAAAUGACAUAAUCCAAAUUCGUGACCUUGAAUCACUUGACCUAAAUAAAGCUAUAAAGAGUGAUAGCGGAGUUAUUUUUAAUAAAGAUUUAAAAACCCAUAUAAAAUUCAAUGAAAAAAUCAAAUUUAUCAAUGAAAUUAAUAGUCUGAAAAAGUCUAUCAAAUUUGAUGCAAAAUUAAUUGAAAAUUUAAAGAGAGAAAUCGAAAAAUUAAAAAUUAAAAAAAAACAGCUAAAAAUGAAAUUGAAAGAAAGAGAUGAGGAAAUAAAAGUAAUUAAAAUUAAUUCAGAAGAAAUUUAUAAUGCAGCAAUGAGUGGUGGGGAUUUUCUAGGGAAAAGUGAGCCUCAUAUAUCAUAUUAUAAAGCAAGGUAUGAAGAUAAAUGCUUAGAGGUGACACAACUGGAAAAAAGACUAAGACCGUUACUCCAUUAUGAGCAUCAUAGAAAUAUAAAUGAUAAAUUUAUAAAUUUAUUGCCAGUUUAUUCUCGACACUCUAUAUCGCCAGAAAAGCUAACUCCCCCCCCCCCCCGUGAGCGAACAAAAAAAAAUUUUGUUCGCUCACGGAGGGGGGUUAAUUUUUUUUUUUUAAAAAAAAUUUAUAUAUAAAUUUUAUAAAAAAUAUAUUUUUUUCGAAAUUUAAAAAAAUCCUAAUUUGCAAAAAUUGGGAAGCAAAUAUUAAUUUAAUUUGCAAAAUUUAUGUUUUUAAAACGCAAUUUGUUUAAAAUUAAACAGAAUUAGCUCUAGAUUUCAUUAUACUAAUUAUCACUUAUAUAUCAAAAUUUUUUUCCAUUAAAAUUUUUUCUAUUAAAAAAAUUUUUGUUCACUCACGGAGGGUGGGUUUUUUGGUCAAAAAAUGGCGAUUUUUCUACUGGUUUUGUUCGCUCACGGAGGGGGGGGGGGGAGUAAGUAUUGCAAAACGAAUUCAUAGUAAAAGAAUCUCCACAGAUUUCUCUAUUAAUUCAACUCCUGGUUUAAAGCUUCAUCGAACCUCCUCAUUCCAUUCUGCUGUGCCUAUGACACAUAGAUCCUAA